CACUCGCCGAUGGUGUAGCGCAGUUGCGUUGGAGCGCGCAUGCGCGGCGGGCGAUGGAAGCUGGGCGGCCCGGUUUGCGCGCCUUUUUCUUUCUUUCUCGGCUGCCAUUGACCUCCCGCUUGACGCGUUGGCGGGGCUCUUUGGUUUUUUUUUUGUUCUAACCGGCGUGUCUCGGGUUUGCGAAAUGUGAAGGGGAAGCAUGUCGUACGAAUGUUCGGUUCCGGGGUGUCUGGGCGUGAAACACCCGGGCUGGUUCUCGUACGAAGUUAACCUGCGUGCCUCGCGGGUGACCGCCAUUGUGCGGAACGACUCGCACGUUGCGGGCUCAUCGAAGGUCUGUCCGCUGCACUCCGGUCAAUCCUUCGUCAUCGCGAAAACCUUCUAUCACGAUGCCAAGACUGGAAUGGCUGUCGAAGCUCCCGUGCUGUCGCCGCCACCGCCAGAGUUGCCCUCGAGUUCUCAAGCCGAUUCCAAAGUCUACGAGGUUUACUCACCGGGCCUGACAGAAACACGCUCGAGUGUGCGGGAACUCUCAGUGUCGAUGAUGGAUCUGUUAAAGAAGAGGGCAGCUGAGGCGUUGGGCGACGGCAACGGGAUGACGCUUUCUGCUCUGAGAAGGGAUGGGGACUGUAAGGGGGACUCCGAAGGGGCCAACGGGGAAGGACCCUCCGGCGUGAAGCGUGCACACCUGGACGAGAAGGAGCAGUUUGUGGUGUGUGACUGUGACAUUAUGGCAACGGUGAACAAGGUAAUUGGCGGCUUCAACCUUGAGCAGGCCUGGAAGGAGGAGAUGGACAAGUUCUCCCGGAGGCUGGGACUUCUCGACGACCUGGAACGAGAAUUCAUAGAAAUCGACAUCGCCUUUGACAAGAUGGAACGAGAUCUUACCAAGCUCAAGGAGAAGAAGAGCAAGGAACAGGCAGAUGCGCUGGUUAUUCCAGAGGUCCACUUCUUCGAUGUCUUCAUCAAUGAUUCCAACUUCAAGAUGCCAGUCUCACCAAAGAGAGCUCCUCAGUCUCCAGUGGCCGUCCCGAAGGGCAGUCCUCGACCUGUCCAGAAAAGUUCCGACGACAUCAUUCCGGUGGGGAACUUCACCCCAAAAGUCCCCAACCUUCCCCCGGAGGGCCCCAUAGUGCGCAAAGAACUCGACAUCUCGUCGAAAAUCCUCGCCACGCGAAACUUUCCGCUGGGAGUGUUCUUCAAGGCCCGCAUCACCCAAAUUCAGCCCGCGGAGGAGACUGGCAACGAUGAACCAAUGUACCGCAUCAAGUUCGAAGCCCGCAAGCCCAAUGCGGGGAUGCGCCAGUCGAAAUGGUUCUCGCCGCGCGAGCUUGCUUACGCCGACCGGCCUUCGGUGGUGCUUCCCGUUGGCACCCGUGUCGUCGCGACGUACACCGACGAGUCCUGGAACCAGCGGCAGUCGCUCUACGCGGGACUCGUUGCGGAACCGCCCAAACCGCUCAACCGGUACCGCUACCUGGUGUUCUUCGACGAUGGCUACGCGCAAUACGUACACAUUGACAAGGUGUUCGUGAUGUGCGGCACCUCCAAGACGGGCGUGUGGGACGACAUGUACCGCGACGUGCGGGACUUUGUGAAGACCUAUCUGCAGAAGUACCCCGAGCGCCCGAUGCUGCGGAUGCGCAAGGGCCAGACAGUCAAGACGGAGUGGAACGGCAAGUGGUGGAUGGCCCGAGUGCUCACCGUCGACUCGAGCCUGGUCAAGAUGGCGUUUGAGGCGGACAACCGGACGGAGUGGAUCUACCGUGGGUCGACGCGGUUUGCGCCGCUUUACACCGCACUCAACCACACCGCCCAGAGCGCUGCGCCAGGUGGGAGGGUGCGCCGACAGAACCUGGUUCCGGCGGCCGGGAAACAGCACCGGCCAUUUGUCGAGUACACGCGGGAAGCGGAUGAAAACUCGUCCGCGACGGCCGCGAAGGAGGACGCGACGAAGAAGGUGGCUACAACGACAACGGCAGCGGCGACAAGCGACAAGCGCAACGUGGCGCGCAAGUCUACGACGCAGGACCACAGGUCGGCGCCCUGGGAGGAGGCGGAGAAGCCAGGGAUUGCGGCGUCGCAGGCCGGCACGCGGGAACUGCAGUGCGUCGAGGGUUCCGAGACGUACAAUCGGAAGACUUACGUGAAGCACGAGUGUUCGCCCGCAUGCGUGGAGCCCGAGGACCCGGAGAAGCUGGUGGGGCGCAACCCGCUCAGCAUACCCUGCCUCAUGGGCUGGGAGAGGCAAGUAGCCAAACCGAGCAAGAAGAGCAAGCGUCGAGUGUUCUACACGGCGCCGUGCGGUCGCCGGCUCCGGAACAUUGCGGAGGUGGCGCAGUACCUGGCUCUAUCCAAGUGUCUGCUCACGGUGGACCAGUUCUGCUUCGACAGCGCCGUGAACGUCUUCGCUCACUUUGUGCCCCAGACCGUCCUCAGCUCCCUCAGGGAUCUCACGUACGGCAAGGAGCUUGUUCCUGUGACAUGCAUCAACAGUCUCAACACGGAAUAUCCCACAUACAUUGAGUACUCUGCGACGCGGUAUCCGGGAAAAGGGGUGACGCUGAACCUGGACGAAGAGUUCCUCUGCGGCUGCGACUGCGAGGACGACUGCCAGGACCGGGACAAGUGCAGCUGUCAGCAGCUGACGGUGGCCGCUACGGGUGCCCUGCCCUCGGGCGUGAACCCGAGCGCGGGCUACCGCUUCCGGCGCCUCCACGAGCCUCUCAUCACGGGGGUGUACGAGUGCAACGCCCAGUGCAAGUGCUCCAAGCGCUGCCAGAACCGGGUGGUGCAGAAUGGCCUCCGGUGCCGGCUCCAGGUGUUCCGCACGGAGAAGCGCGGCUGGGGGGUGCGCUGCCUGGACGACCUGCCCCAGGGCUGCUUCGUCUGCAUCUACGCGGGGCAGCUGCUUACCGAGCAGGGCGCCAACGAGGAUGGCAACCAGUACGGAGACGAGUACUUGGCGGAGCUCGAUCACAUCGAAGUGGUGGAGAAGCAAAAGGAGGGCUAUGAGAGCGACGUGGUCAACUCGGACGAGGAAGAAACGUCUGAGAAAAAGGAGGAGGACGAGGAGGAGGAGGACGACGACGACGAAGCGGUUAGCGACUACGAUGACAACAGCGUCGACGAGGAAGAUCUCAAGGACGACGUGUCAGAUUCGGACGGCGAUAUGGACACUGGCGAAUUCGACGGGAAGCCUAGAAAAAGAAGUCAACGGUCACCAAAGAAGAAGGCGAAGAGCGAGGACGGAGAUUCAGACGACUUCAAAGACAAGCGGAAAGACAAGCUAAAGAAGGAGUCAAGGAAGCUUGGGUCAAAGCUGGACGACAGCCCUAUGAAGGCCACGGACGACGAGUCAUCGGAGUCCAAGAGCCAGGACGGCCGGUCGGCCGAUCAGACGGGUGACGAUAGCCAGUCAAGCACAAUGUCUGAGAAGCCGAAGAAGCCCUUGAAGGUGAAGAAGACUACCAAGGCAGAGGCAGACAAGGCGGGCAAAGGCGAUGCCAAGGUGAAGACUGGGCCACUCGAGAGCCCCGGCAAUGGUACAAAACCACCGCGGUUCCCGCCCACUCGAAGCUUCUUCAACGAGGAAUACUGCUACAUCAUGGAUGCCAAAAACUGUGGAAACAUCGGCCGCUACCUCAACCAUAGCUGCUGCCCCAACGUGUAUGUGCAGAACGUAUUUGUGGAUAGCCAUGACUUGCGGUUUCCAUGGGUGGCCUUUUUUGCAGCCAGGUACAUCCGCGCCGGCGUAGAGCUAACGUGGGAUUACAACUACGACGUCGGAAGUGUGCCGGAGCGGGUUAUGUACUGCCAGUGUGGUGCCGACGAGUGCAGGGGCCGCCUCAUUUAAGACUUCCUCUGUCCUUUGGGCGGUGGAAUCUGUUGCCCACCCAAGGCAGCUGGAUGUGCCACCCAGUGCCACCUACACAGUGGAUGGACAGCGUUACACACAAACUCCGGUUGGAAGCUGCUGCCUGGUGUUGGCCACUUAGAGUGGAUAGUGCUGCACACUGCGAGUGGAUGAUGCUGCCCGGUGUCGCCCCCUUUAAGCAAACAGUGGUACGCAUUGUGGGUGGAAACUGCUGCUUAACGUUGGCCACUUCGAGCAGACAGUUCUACACACAGUUUCGGUGAAAACUGCUGACUAGUGUUGGCCGCUCCGUGUGAAAAGUGCUGCACACAAAGUUCGGGUGGAAACUGCUCCUUAGUGUUGACCACUUUGGAGUGACAGUGAGGCCCACUGGACUGGUGGGGAGGGCACAUGACUUGCUUUAUUUAGACUGCUGCCCAUGUCCACUGGGGGUGGGUCCACCUGUGUGUGGGCAGUGCGGAUGGCGAUUCCCAGUUACUUUUGGGUUGUGUACAUAAUAUACCUGCUGUGAUUAUGACCACCACUGCUCAAAGAAGAGCUUGGGGUGGUUUUACUCUCAAGAGUGUGUAGUACCUUGCGAUGAUCUUGGUGAGUCUGCAAGCAAGCAGCUUGCCUGUCAUCGUUGCUGUGGUUCUUUGUCCAUGUAUAAUUUUAUCAUUGCGUUUCUGUUUUUGUUUUUUCCGAGUUUUACGAGCACAAUGGGUGCUUAGGAGUGAAAGCGUGGAUAUGAAUAAAAGAUGUUUGGUUGAAUUCAUUAA